CAGUUUCCUAUCGAUCGACAGUGUACAUUUGUUGUUCAUCGACCGUGUUUCGUUUGUGAGUUGCGGUGUAAUUUUCGUGUGAUAAGUGACUAAGAAUCCAACGAACUAUGAAUCUCUCAUUCAAACUCAAUUCAGGACAUAGUAUUCCGCUGAUUGGUUUCGGUACGUACCAAAUUCGCGGCAAUCAUUUGAUCUACGAAACAUUGGAUUAUGCGCUGAAGGCCGGCUAUCGACACAUCGACACCGCUGUCGUAUAUCGCAACGAGGAACAUAUUGGAAACGCCUUGAAGACUUUACUCCCCAAGCACAACUUGAAGCGAGAAGAUAUAUUCAUAACAUCCAAGUUGAUCUCUCAACGCGACAAAGGCGAACAAUUCGUGGAGGAACUCGUACAGAAGUCAUUGGCCAAUUUACAAACCGAAUAUAUUGACCUUUACCUCAUCCACUGGCCUGGUGUUAGCGGCCUUCAGGUAUCUCAUCCCGAAAACGUUCAGUAUCGAAAGAACGCCUGGAAUGUGCUUUGCAAACUGCACCGCGAGGGUAAAUGUCGAUCGAUUGGUGUAUCGAACUAUAUGGUCAAACACAUCCGGGAGCUGUUGGCGGAUUGUAAUGGUGUACGACCGGCUGUAAAUCAGGUGGAAUGGCAUCCCCACUUCUUCCAGCCAGAGCUGCUUGAACUGUGCCGCUCGGAGGGAAUAUUUCUGCAAGCGUACUCUUCGCUCGGUACCUCCAUCAGUACCGAUCUAAGGGACGAUCCGGUCGUAGCUGAAGUGGCCACUCGUCUCAACCGUUCGCCAGCACAGAUUUUACUGCGCUGGGCAAUUCAGCGAAACGUCGGUAUUUUACCGAAAGCGCGAUCUCAAGCGCACAUCGACGAGAAUAUUGCCCUCGACUUCGAGAUUCCCCCGCAGGAUAUGGAGUUGAUUGACGACCUGAGGAACACUAGUGGUGCGAAAUACUCGUGGGAUCCGGACACAGUCGUUUAGUGUCUGGUGGAUGUUUGAUAUAGAACGCUUUCAUUGUUCAUGUGGUGCCUUUUAGAAAAGUCAGUUUAUUCAUUCAUAUUUAUUUAAGAAGGUGUACUGUUACAGUUAUUUUUCCCGCAAUAAACUUUUAAUCUAUUAC